GCGCCGCCUAUAAGUAGAUCCGUGGCGCGUGUCGGCGGCACAAGUGAAGACGCGGACAACUCCCCUCUCCACACGCUGAUAACAGGAAACCAUUAUUUUUGCUGGAACGCCAUUCAUUUUUUUCUGCCCCUGAGAGGAUUUAUUGAUUUUUUCCACGCGUUGUCUAUAUUUUCACCCACGAUCAUGCCGGCUGAUACUAUGGAAAAGCAGUCCGGAUCCCCGAUGGCUGGCGCCCCCGCGAACGGAUUGCACACCCCAGACAAGCCAAAAAACGCCAGUGAGCAUAGAAAGUCAUCCAAGCCCAUCAUGGAAAAAAGGCGCAGAGCAAGAAUCAACGAAAGCCUCGGUCAGCUCAAAACGCUCAUCCUUGACGCACUUAAGAAAGAUAGCUCCAGACACUCCAAGCUGGAGAAGGCGGACAUCCUGGAGAUGACAGUGAAACACCUGAGGAAUCUGCAGCGCGUCCAAAUGAGUGCCCUCUCUCCAGACGCCAGCGUCCUCGGCAAAUACAGAGCCGGAUUCAACGAGUGCAUGAACGAAGUCACCCGCUUCCUGUCCACCUCCGAGGGGGUAAACGUGGAGGUGAGGUCCAGGCUGCUCAACCACUUGUCCAGCUGCAUGGGUCAGAUGAUGGCCAUCAACUAUCCACAGCAGCAGCAAAGUUCCCCCCAGCAGACCCACCUGGGUCAACCCCUCCACGUGCAACUCCCCUCCACCCUGCCCAUCAGCCCUGCCAUGGCCUCCAAACUCAGCCCGGCGGAGGCAGCUUCCCCGAAGGUGUUCGGCGGCUUUCAACUGGUGCCGGCGUCCGAUGGACAGUUCGCGUUCUUGAUCCCCAACCCCGCGUUUGCAGCCGCCACAGCCCCGGUUAUCCCCCUGUAUGCGAACGCGGGGCUGCCGGUGGCUGUCAACGGGCCUUCGGCGCCCACCGCCGCGUCGCCAGUCCACGGUAUGACGUUGUUCUCUGGGGGGUCCCAAGCAGUCAGCCCGGUGGGAGUGAGCCCGGGCUCGGACAGCGGCGAGGUCGUCUGGCGUCCCUGGUAGCGCCUCCUUGGCAAGUUAGUGGAUGCAACGAAAACCAGGAACUGUGGGACUGCCGGCUGCUAUAUGAGGAUCCGACCCGGGACUUUUAAUGCUUCAGGACCUUGAACAACGUUAUUUGUUUCGUUUUAUGGAACAGAGAGCCCUUAGGUGGCUCAAUUAAAACAACUACCUAUUCCAACAUUUGGAUUUCGGUGUUAAACAAUGUGUACAUACAGAAAAGAUGAUUUAUAGGAGUUUUUGCUAUAAAGUAUACUUUCUAUCAAAAGGUUUAGUUUUGUACAUUAUACCAAAGUUGUCUUUUAUAUGUUUUCUUGCUUGUGUUUUCAAGAAAAAAAACUGGGUGAUUGCCUGGUGUUUGAUUAAUAAAUAAUGCAAAAAAUACA